AUGCAACAUUUACAGUUCGUUCCUUCUCCUGAGGAGAUUGGCUUUAUCAAAUCCAUUCCUUCGAUAACAUUUUGCAAAAUGCACGGAUUGGGAAAUGAUUAUAUUUACAUUAAUUGUUGUAAUUUAUUACAUUCAUCAGAAGCUAAUGAUUUCCGAAUCUAUCUAAAUCAUCAACAUAAUCUAAUUGAAUAUUGUAUUCAAAAGUUGUGUCAUCGAACAUUUGGUAUUGGAGCUGAUGGUGUAAUUUUCAUCACGAAUCCAACACCAGAAUUAUUGGAGAAUGAAACAAAUCAUCAUCAAAUAAUUCAUUGUCAAAUGGAAAUGUACAAUUCCGAUGGAUCGAGUGGAGAAAUGUGUGGAAAUGGAUUGAGAUGUGUUGCUCAGUUUGCCUGUGAUCGUUUGGUGGAGAGUGGUAAAAUUAAAAAACAAACACUUGAGGGAGGACAACUUGGAUAUAGAAUCAAUGUACAAAGUAAUAGAGGAAAGAGAUUGUAUCAAUGUAUUUGUUAUGAGGAUAGGUCUACAUUUUCCAAAUCUUCACCUCUGAUGGUUGAGAUUGAGAUGGGAAAUUUACAAACAAAAAGUGUUAAUUUCUCAUUUGAAAAUAAUUCAAAUUCUAUUGAAUAUGUGGAACAGGAGGAGAAUUCAAUUAGGAAAAUCAUUUUCAAACAAUAUUUGGAUUGUGAAAUUCCUCUGUAUUGUCUUUUGGUACCUAAUCCACAUGCCAUUUGUUGGGUUAAUGAAAUUUCUUCACAGAAUGAGAUUGAUAACACAAUGAAAGCAGUCGAUUCAUUCCCACUUCAUACAAUUGGUCCAAUCAUUGAAAAUUUGAAACAAUUAUUUCCAAAUAGGACCAAUGUAGAAUUCAUUGAAACCAUUUCAGCUCAGCAUAUUGAAACAAAUGAUUCACCUCUCAUCAAAUCAUUAAAAUCCAAUUGCAUUCUCUCUGCCCGUCAACGUACUUGGGAGAGAGGUAGUGGAGAAACCAAUGCAUGUGGGACUGGAGCUUUUGCUGUAUCUCAAGUUCUCUACUUGAGAAAUGCCAUCACCAAUUCAAUUGGCAAUAUUCCAAAUACUGCCACAGUCAGAAUAUCCCUCAAUGGAGGUGAUUUAUGGUUCAGAUAUCACAAAUCAAAUCCAACUUCACUCGAUCAUAUUCAAGUCAACAUGAUUGGUUCUGUCAAUUAUUCUCACACAGGCUCCUUCAAAUUAUCAGAUUAUCAAUAA